AUGAAUCACGGCCCUCACGGACUUGGAAACGUCCAUGCAGCACCGAAUCAGCGCCGAGGAGCAAUUGUCAACGCAUUCCGCGCAGCCAGCAUCAAUGACGCGUCACCGUCACACUUUGACGGGGACAGGCUCGGGGAAUUUCACAAGGCUGGAGCUUCUGACGUGGAGUUGUACAGGAGGAAUGGUGGCGGCACCAGAAAUGAGCAAGGCGUGAAUAGUUUCAGCAAAUAUCGCCGUGAAGAUGAAGGUGUGAAUCAUCAUAGGAUUGUGGGGAUGGCCGCAUCUGCACAGAAUAACUUAGCUGGUGAUAGUGGUGAUUACAGUGGUGGUGACUAUAGCGGUGGUGACUAUAAUGGUGGUGACAACGGUGGUGACUAUAAUGGUGGUGACAACGGUGGUGACUAUAAUGGUGGUGACUAUAAUGGUGGCGACUACGGUGGUGACAAUGGUGGUAACUACAAUGGUGGUGGUGACUACGGUGGUGACAAUGGUGGUGACAACGGUGGUGACUAUAAUGGUGUUGACAACGGUGGUGACUAUAAUGGUGGUGACAACGGUGGUGACUAUAAUGGUGGCGACUACGGUGGUGACAAUGGUGGUGACUAUAAUGGUGGUGACUACGGUGGUGACAAUGGUGGUGACUACGGUGGUGAGAACGGUGGUGACUAUAACGGUGGUGACUAUAACGGUGGUGAUAACGGUGGUGACUAUAAUGGUGGUGACAAUGGUGGUGACUACGGUGGUGACAAUGGUGGUGACUACGGCGGUGACAAUGGUGGUGACUAUAAUGGUGGUGACUAUAAUGGUGGCGACAACGGUGGCGACUAUAAUGGCGGUGACAACGGUGGUGACUAUAAUGGCGGUGACAACGGUGGUGACUAUAAUGGAGGUGAUGACGGUGGUGACUACAAAGGUGGUGACAACGGUGGUGACUACAGUGAAGGUGACAACGUUGGUGACUAUCCUGGUGGUGACAUUAGUGAUUAUAUCGCCAUUUACAGCGUUGGUGUCAAAGGGGAUGGCUGCCCUGAUAGUGGUGAUGGUGGAAACGGGGGUGCUGACGGUGGAAACGGGGGUGUAGAUGGUGGAAACGGGGGUGCAGAUGGUGGAAACGGCGGUGCAGAUGGUGGAAGCGGCGGUGCAGAUGAGUAA